CCAUUGCCAUUUUACACGUGCGUCCGCCAAAUUGCCGCUUAAUAGCUUCUGAUGGAAUAACAACAUAAAACGCAACGACGAGUAAUAAUUCUUAUAACGCUGACGCAGAAACUUGCUCGUAAUUCCACACGCAAUAUGCGAUGCACGUUAUGGAUGGCACGCUUUAAUUUUUGAAAGUACAUACAGUGACUGCAGAUAGAACUCUGCUCCGGUCUCUUGCCCUGCAGCCGUUUCGGGAGUCAAGAUGUCGUCAGAAGCUUACGAUGCCGACUACGACAAAGAACACCCAAGAAAUCUUAUUCCAGAACUGUGCCGGCAGUUUUAUCAUCUCGGAUGGGUGACUGGUACUGGUGGCGGUAUCUCCAUAAAACAUGAAGACAAGAUCUACAUAGCUCCUUCUGGUGUGCAAAAGGAGCGCAUGGUGCCCAACGAUAUGUUUGUGCAGGAUAUCAAUGGGACAGAUUUGGAAUUGCCUCCGCCGGAGAAGAAACUGAAGAAGUCGCAAUGCACUCCGCUAUUCAUGUGCGCGUACAUAAGAAGGCACGCAGGUGCUGUGAUUCAUACGCACUCGAAGUUCGCUGUGAUGGCAACAUUAUUGUGGCCUGGGAAAGAAGUCAGGCUCACUCAUCUCGAGAUGAUAAAAGGAAUAUGGAAUCAGAAAGAGGGUAGAGCGUAUCGUUACGACGAGGAGUUGGUAAUACCGAUCAUAGAAAAUACUCCCUUUGAGAGGGAUUUAAGGGACGAUUUAGAUAAAACUAUCGUUCGUUAUCCCGAGACUUGCGCGGUAUUGGUACGCAGACAUGGGAUUUACGUGUGGGGCGAUUCUUGGCAACAGGCGAAAACUAUGACGGAAUGUUACGAUUAUUUACUCGAUAUUGCAGUUCAGAUGAAACAGUGUGGCUUAGACCCAUCAGCGACUCCAAAUGAUUAUGAAUUAAAGUACCAAGCAAAUAACGACGUUAUUACCAUUCUAUAAUACAUACAAGUGAUCUACAGAAUUGUUUGGACUUAAAAAUGAAUACAAAAUUAAUUUUUAUGCCAUAAUUUGAUGUGCCAUAAUGCCACAAUUUAUCUGUAUAUACAUUUUUUGGGCAUAUAAAAAUUCUAUAAUACAUACAAGUGAUCUACAGAAAUAUUUGGACUUAAAAAUGAAUACAAAAUUAAUUUUUAUGCCAUAAUUCGAUGUGCCAUAAUGCCACAAUUUAUCUGUACGCACAUUUUUUGGACAUAUAAAAAUUAAAAUAAGAAAUAGAUUAUAAAAUUUUAAUUAUGACAUACUUCAUACGAAUAUAUACACUACUGUACGUAUAUUAUGUACGUAUACUUAAAGCAUAAAUAAUACGGAUAUUUUUAAGU